AAAUGUGUCAUUGUCUUCAGACAGAGAGCAAAGGAAUAUCAACAAAGUGGGAGGUUGGCAAUGAAGAUGUGUCCGCUUCAUCCACUAGUUUGCUGCAGUCUGCUGAUUCUAUGGGCCUUUCAAAGUGCGGAGACCACCAACGCGGAAGUCUGUCAGAAUGAAAAAUCCCCAGACAAUCUCCAACUGUUGAGUUCCUCAUUGCAUGAGCAUAACUUUAUGGAUAUUCACGAGGAUAAAAACUUUACCUGCUUCCUUUAUCCAACAAAUUUACUCAACUGCUCGUGGACCUUCCCCACUUUAGAUAAGGAGUCUCAACUUUAUGUUCAUAUCAGCAUUUGUGAUAAUAACAGCACAGUUCAGCCCCUUAAUCUUAUAUCAAAACAACAUUCUGGAUCAACGUGCAUUGCUCUGAAGCAAUAUGAGUGGUUGUAUGUGAUCAUUCAAUUCAAUGUGUCCCUGCACCAUACAUGGGCCGUCUACAGCUAUGUGUACGACACUGAAAUGAUGGAAGUCUUACCUCCACCUGGAAACAUUUCUGCUUCAGUCAAAGAUAAAGACCUGGUGGUGACCUGGAACAAGCCCCGCGGACGUGCUAACUCCAACUCCUUGUGCUUUGAAUACGAGUUGGCUGUGGGCAACCCGGAACAAAUACUAAUCCCAAGUCGCGAGCUGUCACAUACAAUGCCAAAUGCCAAUCCAGCUUCCACCUACAGUGUGAAAAUCAGAACCAAGCAAACGUCCGAUUGUUCAGGGUCGCGAUCAUGGAGCGACUGGAGUGACACUAUCAUAAUACAACAGUCUUUUUACACAUUCAACAUCACGAUAAUCGUCGCAAUCGCACUUGGAAUACCUAUGAUCCUUCUGACUCUGCUGUUGUUGGUCCGCAAUCACAGGGUGGCACAGGUUCUGUAUCCCACAAUUCCUCGUCCCCCAUUAAAGUACAAACAUUUUCUGGAGGAAAACAACGCAUUCAAUUUUUAUCAUCCUGCUCCAUCUGUGAAAUAUGAAGAGGAGAUUACAGUGGUGGAGGAUGCAGAGAAAAGUAAUUAAAGUCAUUUUAAUGGCAUGAAUGAAACAA